GAUAAGAUGAUUGCCAAAGACUUAUCCUCUAUUACUUCAGACUUGACUCACUGUGAGGAGGACCUCUUCAUGACUAGCGCUGAACUUGUAAUUAUCUCAGAACAGGUAGUCAAAGAAUUAAUUCCAACUUGUCAGUUAGUUACCUUUAAUAACAAAUCAUCUGUUAGAACAUCAUCAGUAAAAUCGUCUAUGGCAGACAAACAGGUUCUAGCUUUUAAAAACAUAGAGACAGAGUGUCAAAAAUUCCUUAUAAUCAAAAAGUGA